CAAUACUGUUGUCAUGGAAAACGUACACAAACAAUUCCAAUGCUACGAAUAGUGUAGUGGUUUCUUUGUUUACGGCUUAUCGUACUCGUUAUUUGUAAAAAAAAUAUAUAUCUUUAUAUUAGCAAUUAAGUCGUUAAUGGCGGAUAUUAUGCUGAAAAUAUUAAUCAUUGGACCAUCCGAUAGUGGGAAGACAUCGAUAGCAAAUUUUCUCUCAGAAUCUAUUAAUGUCGAAGAAGCUGGUACCCCUAGACCGACGCAAGGAGCACGCAUCUUAGAAUUUGAGCUCCCACACAACGUUAACGAAAGGCAGCGUAAGGUUCAAAUUGAAUUGUGGGAUUGCAGCGGCGACCAUAAAUUCGAAUCAUGUUGGCCAGCUGUAAGAGUUGGCAUCCAAGGAGUUAUUCUAGUAUGUUCUGCUAACACAGUCAAUGUCGCUGGACGGGAAAUCGAACUGCUUUACAAUUACUUCGUAUCCCAGGCUAAGCUAUCAGCUAAACAAUGCGUUGUCUUCUACAACUGUUUAUAUGAUCAAGACGAUAUGGACUCGUUGAAUCUCUCUCCAACGUUUUCAAAAGUAUCCCAAGUGCCUGUUAACAUCAAAACGGGAGGGAACAGAUUAAAAAUAGACUUUUCGAACUUUAUUACAUCCGUUUUGCAAAGUAUUAAAUAAAUGAGUCCGACAUUAA